AUGAUCUGGAAUUGUCUCCUUGUACUGAGUGUGUUGGGCUCGCUGCCUUUCAGCUCCGCGGUCCCCGCCGACCUCGUUCCUCGUCAAACGACUGGCACUACGGUCGAGCCGACUCGAAGCCAUCCGACUUCUCAGGCCCACACGCCGUUCACUGGGACCCCGACGACCACCGGUGUGCUGACUGCGUCUUCCGUUGGCACGGGGAUUUCUGGUGGGGGACCGGCUCCAGGAGCCACCAAUUACCCCAGUGAUGGCAAGCUUCAUAGUGUCCAGCCUGCUGGAUAUGUCCCCGCGGGAGGAGUGGGCACGAAUGGGUCUGAGCCGGUGUACAAUGCGAAGAGUGACUUUGACUAUCAAUCCCUAGCCCUCGGACUUUAUCAGGAGUGGAUCGAGCUCGAUCUGUUCCAAGACGGGCUCAACCGUUUCUCCGAUUCGGACUUUUCCGCUGCAGGCCUCACCUCUGACGACCGGGACCUGAUUGCAUUCAUGGCCCAGCAGGAAGCCGGACAUGCAACGAUGCUCAGCAACAUCUUGGGCGCCGAAGCACCGCAGCAGUGCUCGUACGUAUACCCGUACACCAACGUACUGGAGUUUGUCGAUUUCUGUCAAAAACUCACUCGGUUCGGCGAGUCUGGAGUGUAUGGCUUUAUAGCGCACCUGGACUCGCGCGAAGCCGCUACGCUGCUGACGCAGUCCAUCACCACCGAGGCGCGCCAGCAGAUGAUCUUCCGCCAAUUCGAGGGUCUCUUCCCCAUGCCGGUGUGGUUCGAGGUCGGCGUGCCCCAGUCCUGGGCGUGGACGUUGCUCGCCCCCUUCAUCAGUUCGUGUCCCGCGAACCAGACGCGGCUGGUGUGGCAGAACUUCCCAGCGCUGUCGAUCCUCAACCAGCCGAACCCAUUCACUGGCAGUGCCGGGACCAGCAGCAACGUUAGUACCAAUGGCACGUCUGGACGUAAUCAGACCACCGGACCGGGUGUCAACUCCCUGCAGAUCCCCAUAAGCGCACAGGGGAUGUCCAACUCCAGCUGCGGUGCUCUCGCUAGUAGCAGCCAAUUUUCGUCUCUGUCGUUCCCAGGCCGCCAGGUGGGCCUGAAAUGGGACGCUCCCGGCAAGCCGGUCGGUCCGAACAACAGCUAUGUCACUUCGACUCAGGCCGGCAGCCCCAAGUACGUUGUAUGGGUGUCGCAGCUCAACGUCACCUACACGCCGCUGCGGGUCGUAGGCAAUGGCACACUCGGAUACACAUCACAACCAGACCUUCAAACGUACCAGGGCGAUCCGGCCAUCAACGGGACCAUGUUCAUCGCCAUCACAGACGACGACCCGUUCCUGACGCCGUUUAAUCUCAGUCUGAUCAAUCCGCACGUCGUUGCAGGGCCGGCGCUGUACCAAGCUGGUUAA